UCCCGAGUCUCUCGUUCCUAAAAUUCGGACGAAUCUCGUCUUUAUUGAAAACAAAAUUAUUUUGUAAUCUCACUUUAUAUGACAAUCGAUUGAAGUGGAUGCUUUGAACUACAAUUAGAACUAUAAUUAGGAGUGGAUCGGUUUAUGCACAAUGUUACCUAACAAUUGCUGUAAUUUUUUAAAAUCUUGUAUGCUAGACAGGAAAAUGAUGAUUUAUUUUGACUGGGACUUAUUUUCAAACAUUGUAAACCUUCAGUAUGUAUAUCAAGGCUGUAAGUAAAAUGUGUAAUAGUUUAAGGAGUGACUUAUGUAUUAAACUGCAAUUGAAAUGCUACAUAUUUAGUGAUUAUAUAAAAAUGCUAAUUUAAUGUUCAUAUGUGUAAAACCAGAGAAGUCUGGUUUCAGAAUGUAGAUGAGAAAAAUAUCGGUAUUUCUUGACUCGACAAAAUUGAACUUAUUGUUGAAGAUUAAGUCAUCAUUUUGUGUGACAGGAUAAUUUUCAUAGAUGAGACGAGAUAUUCAGCAAUAUUUGGGGACUGGAUUAAUGACCGGACAGGAUACGGAUGAAAUAAUGAUACAUUGCGAUUGUGAGUGCAAUUUGAUGAGAGACAUUUGCGAUGGUAAAAUUUUAAGAAUUUCUUCCCAAUCGAAAGUAGUUGAUCUCAAUUGUUCUUUGAGAGUAGUCUAUUGUUCAACCAGUCGUUCAGUACUUUUUAAAUUGAAGAAACACUGCUUAGAAUAAAUUCCUGCAGAAUGAAGACAACGAGCUUGCGCUGGGGGUUUUUUGGAGCAGGAAAAUGUACUCAUGAUUUCGUAAGUGCUCUGAAGCUUCUGCCGUUGGAUCAUCACAAAGUGGUUGGAAUCGCAUCCAGGGAUUCUAAUAAGGCAGAAGAUUUUGCCGAGAAACUUGGGAUUGAGCAAGCUUUCGGAAAUUAUUCUGAAUUGGCCGAGUCAGAUAAUGUUGAUAUCAUUUACAUCGGAACUGUAAAUUCCGAGCACUUUCACCAAGCAAAGUUGGCAUUGUUGCAUGGAAAACAUGUUUUAUGCGAGAAGCCCGUUUGCAUCAACCGAGCUCAAGUUGAAGAAUUGGUGGCAAUUGCCAAAGAUAAGGAUCUAUUUUUCAUGGAGGGAUUCUGGACAUUUUUCUUCCCAGCCACACGAAAACUACUAGAAGAAAUCAAACAAGGGAGCAUUGGGAAAGUUGUGCAAAUGACAGUUGAAAUUGGCAACAAAUUUUAUCAUCUGGAUAGAUUUAGCCGGAAGGAUAUCGGAGGAGGGACGCUGCUCAACCAUGGCGUCUACGGACUCAUGUUUGCCCAUCAGAUAUUUGGACAGCCGUCCAGCAUCUCCGCAUCAGGAAUCAUUUCGGCGAGCGGAACAGAUGAAAGUGUUGCAAUUACUUUAACUUACAGGGAUACGGCCCAAAUCGCAUCCAUCAUUUGCUCUUCCAAAGUGAACAUGCCGGGGGAGCUGAGGGUCAUUGGGACGCAAGGGAUGCUUAAGCUGAAAUUUCCUUUCUGGGCCCCAACAAUUUUGGAGACCCCAACUGAAACAUUACAAUUUGAUCUUCCUCUCAACCUGGAGGCCAUUAAAUUUAACAAUCUUAACAGUUCUGGAUUUACGUAUGAGGCGGAGACAGUACGGCAAUGCAUUCUUAACGGGUGGCGAGAAUGUCCCAUCGUAGGCUGGAAUGCAAGUCGAGCCGUGAUGGGAGUGGCUGACGAGGUUCGACGACAACUGGGCAUCGUCUUCCCCCACGACAACAAUACUCUGCAUGCUAGCGAAAUAUGUGCCGACAAAGGGCAACGGGCUUAGCAUUCAAUACUACUCAUAUUUUCUCAUGAGUGAGUUAGCUACGGUUUCAUUUUCAUGUUUGCUUAGAAGAGCUUAUCGAAAUAUUUAUUUGUCAUCCACGUUAUGAAAAGCUGCAUUUCCCACUCAUUGUCAGUAUGCAAAAUUACUUUGGAAAAUAAACCUUAUGAUUCAUCAUCUCA